AUGAUCCGAUGCACGAAUAGAUCUAUCAACUCGCAUAUAUCUGACUACCCAAAUUUUGAAAAGGAAUACUCUUCUCAGUUUGCAUCCUACUUGUUUUACAUUUCCUGCAAAAACAGAGGUGAUGACUAUUACCUCAAUUGCCUCUACUGCAAGAUUUUCAAAUCUUCAUGUCGUUAUAACUCACCCGGAAUGGAAACACAUACGUAUGGGAAGAGAUGUUACAUUCUCGGCUCCUGCUCUGGCCUUCUCCUAUUAUACAUCGGUGGCCUCUUCGUCGCAAAUCCUCUCACAAAGCGGUUUCGAUUACUAGAUCACUCUGGAUCAAAGCUUCUCCCUGAGAUAGUUGAUAGUCCCAUUGUUCGUACGGAGAGAGCAAUGUGUGUUGGUUUUGCGGUAAAUCGAACCACCAAAAGAUUCAAGAUCGUAUGCAUAUUCGAGAUGCAAACCGUGUAUGGAUUCGAGAUCAGCGAUGGAGAUUCUUGGAGGUUGUCGGAAACGACCAUCACGAGGAGGACUAGUUCAAAAUGUGAUCUCACAAUGGGAAUGAAACCUGUUUACUUGGACGACAAUCUUCACUGGUUGAGAAACGAUGGGACCAUCAUAGCUUUCAAUCCCGAGACAGAGCAAGCACGCUUUAUUCCUUCCAUAUUCCACCGGGAACCUAAGUUGAAACUGCUUUUUACGUCCGAUGAUAAGAUCAAUCGCUUGACCUUAAUAUCGGGGACAAAAGAAGAAAUCUCUGUUUACACACUACUCGGGAAUCUCAACUGGGGACUCGCCAGGCGGAUCAAGAACGUACCUAUGGAGGAAAGUACGCUUGAGUUUUGGCACAUAGUUGCGUACAAUGGCGAGCGUCUUGUGGUGAGGGAGAAGAGAAUGGAAAUUGAUCGGCUACAAGGUGUGGUUCAUGUGUACCAUAUGGGAGCUAAUAGUUGGACAGUUUUGGGGUCAACAAAUCAUUUUGUCGAAACCGACAUAUACUUCUAUAAGUUUACGCCCUCUUUGUUCUUCAUCGAGGAGGAUGAGAAAAAGAAGGUGAUUGUAGCUCCUAAUGACAAAAACAUCUCCUAUCUAACUAAGAUUAUGUCACUCAUUCAUAAUUGUGAGGAUUAG